AUGCGGCCGCUUCGAGGGGAUCGCGUAUCGGCAUCGGUCAACGCGAAAGAACUCGAAAAUGUCGACGAGACCGGUGAUAGCGACGAUAAUGACGACGAUGUGAGAACAGAUCGGAAGGGUCGCACCGCGUUUAUAUUUUACGACUUCGAGACGCGGCAAGACGAAAUGCUCAAAGGAUGCGCGAACGUUAAAACGCACGUAGUUACACUCUGCGUCGCGCAGCAAACGUGCGAAGCUUGCCUGGGAGAGGACGAUAUGGCGUCGCGAUAUGAUGUCGCUGGUGCGGGAACGAUUUUGCACAAUGCGGCGGCGUUCGACUCGCAGUUUAUCCUGCGCUACCUGGUCGAGAGCGGUAGGACGGACGAGCCGAAAGUAAUAUUAAAUGGGACAAAAAUUGUAUUAUUAACCGUGGGACGGACAAAAUUUCUCGAUAGCGCUAAUUACAUGCCUAUGCAGCUGUCGACGUUACCGAAAGCUUUCGGACUGAAGGAUUCCGUCGCCAAAGGCGUAUUUCCGCAAUUAUUCAACACAAUUGAAAAUCAAAAUUAUAUCGGCCCGCUACCGGAUAUUGAUUAUUAUUCACCGGAUACGAUGAAAUCGGACGAACGCGAACAAUUUUUAACGUGGCACGCUGAAAUGACGGGUAAAAACGCGGUAUUUAAUUUUCAACAGGAGAUAGUGCGCUAUUGCCGGAACGACGGAGAUAUUCUUCGACGAGCGUGUCUGGCCUAUCGAAAAAUUUUCUUAGAUCGCGGAAACGUGUGUCCGUUCGAAGAAUGCACGACUAUCGCUUCCACGUGUAUGAAAGUUUUUCGCAAAAACUUUUUGCGCGAGAAGGAAAUUGGGAUAAUCCCGCUCGGGGGUUAUAGGGGUGCCAACGCGCAAUCGCGUAAAGCGCUGCAAUGGUUAUUGCAGAUGGAGCAUGAGCUCGGACGCACGAUAAUUCACGCGGGGAGAGGUCGGGAACGGCAUUUAUCGGAAGGCACGCUCGUCGACGGGUAUUAUGAAACGGAGAAUCCCCGGCAGCGUCACGUACUGCAGUUUCACGGUUGUUUUUGGCACGGAUGUCCCGAGUGUUUUCGCGUGAACCGCGACAGACCGCUCUCAACCGUGUCGCGCGAGGAUACGAUCGAAGCGCGUUACGAGCGCACACUCACGAUGACGUGUCGUCUUAGAAAACGGGGGUACGUUGUUAUGGAAAAGUGGGAAUGUAUCUUCGAUAUGUAUCGGGAGCUGCGCGAAAAUCAUGAGAUAUGCGAAUUUGUUGAGAAUCAUCCCAUGUUGAGAGACAAUCCCCUCGAACCUCGUGAGGCGUUCUACGGCGGGCGUAUGGAAAAUAUCGUCACGCAGUACGAAGUUACGGGUACGGAGAAGAUACGCUAUGUGGACGUGUGUUCUUUGUACCCGUAUGUGCUGAAGACGGGUACUUUUCCGCUCGGUCAUCCUUACAUUUACUGUUGCGCCUUGACCGGAGCAGGCCCCGAUUUUAACUUUGACGCCGUAGAAGAUCUCGUACGUUGCAGAGUGCUCGCGCCGCGUGAUUUCUUCCAUCCGGUACUCCCUUAUCACGUGAACGGAAAAUUGCUAUUCGCGCUUUGUCGCAGCUGCUGCGAGACAUUUUCUCAGGCCGCGUGUACGCACGACGACCCUGCCGAUCAUGAAUUCGAAGGCGCGUGGGUGUCUUGCGAGUUACGCAAAGCUAUCGAGAAAGAUUAUCGCGUCACGAGCCAAGAGGCUAGCGGAUGGCCGAACGAAUGCGCGAAUGACGAAGGCGGCAAGGAACGUUAUCUGCGCGAAUACGAGAAAGUCGAGGGUAUUGUUCUCAAUAGGGUGAAUAUCUCCCCGAAUCUUGCGCUCGAUCGCGAAGCUCUGCCUCAACUCCUUCUGGGCUCCAUUAAGGCAUUGUUACUAGCCGAGGAAAAGUUAAAGAGGGGAGAAGAGACGGCUGAGGAUAAAACCGUAAUAAAACUGCGAUUUAAUGCGAUUCGGCGCACCGUAUUUCACAACAUUGUCACAAAAGACGAGACAAAGUCCUGCAUACCGGUAUUACUAAAGCGCAGUUUCAACGACAACGGAUACUCCGUACCGUACGGUUACGUCUCUAGCGAAUAG